UCGAUAAUUCCUAUUCGUCUAGAGCAAAUGGUGGGGCUAAAGACGUGGCUCAACGUGGUGUGAUAAAUCUAAAGGGCAUAGAAACACCCCACCUCUACAAUCAAUUACGUUUCUUGGUCAUUGCUGAUUCAGUUCUGUUAUUCCCAUUCAUUAUGUGAUACGAAAUUGCUUGGUAGGGAGUUGCAAAACAUCGAGGAGAGCGCUCAUUUACGAGUUAUUUUUAGUCAGAAUAAAAUUGACUGUGGUGAAUGAAAGUUUAACCUUAAAUCUGUUUAUGUGCUUUUGAAAUAUAGAGAAUUGUGGAAAAUAUGCCUGAAAGUAAAUUACAAAACGGCCGGACGAAACCUAUCCGGGUUUGGUGCGAUGGGUGUUAUGACAUGGUCCACUUUGGUCACGCCAAUUCGCUCCGCCAAGCGAAAGCUUUGGGAGAUUACCUAAUAGUUGGUGUCCACACCGACGAGGAAAUAACAAAACACAAAGGACCUCCUGUAUUUAAUCAAGAGGAACGAUAUAAAAUGGUCAGAGGCAUAAAAUGGGUAGAUGAAGUUGUGGAAGGAGCUCCCUAUGUCACAACUUUGGAAACAUUGGACAAAUACGACUGCGAUUUUUGCUGCCACGGGGAUGACAUCACCAUGACCGCAGAUGGAGUAGAUACUUACCAUUUAGUGAAAACUGCAGGACGAUACAGAGAAGUCCAAAGGACUGCCGGCGUCUCUACCACUGACCUCGUCGGCCGCAUGCUACUCCUAACCCGCAACCAUUUCCGCCAAGGCGAACGCGAAUACGAGGUGGAAAAGGAACAUUCCUCCACAAUGGGUCAAGACUCUUUAGCGAGGUCGCCGUGGACCGGCUGUUCCCAAUUUCUACCCACCACUCAAAAAAUCAUCCAGUUUUCGGACGGAAAACCACCCAAACCAACCGAUAAGGUUGUUUACGUGGCAGGAGCUUUUGAUCUCUUCCAUGUGGGUCAUCUCGAUUUCUUGGAAAAAGCCAAACAACAAGGAGAUUAUCUCAUCGUGGGUCUUCACACCGAUCCGGUUGUUAACCGGUACAAAGGCUCAAAUUACCCGAUUAUGAAUUUGCACGAGCGGGUUUUGAGUGUGUUGGCUUGUAAAUACGUUUCAGAGGUCGUGAUUGGUGCACCGUACACCGUAACCAAAGAUUUGAUGGAGCAUUUUAACGUUGAUAUGGUCGUGCAUGGAUGCACUCCGAUCAUGAAUGACGUCGACGGGAAGGAUCCUUUCGCGUACCCGAAACAAGUGAAGAAGUUCAUCACUGUUGAUUCGGGGAAUGAUAUGACGACAGAGAAGAUUGUCGAUAGAAUUAUCAGGAAUAGAUUAGAGUUUGAGACAAGAAACUUUAAAAAGGAAAAAAAGGAGCUGGAAUUGAUUAAAUUUCUAGAGAAAGAUAAAUUGAACGGUGAUCUAAUUGAUGUCGGCAAUUAAAUUACAUUUUUUUUUUUUUUAAUAUUGAGUACAAAUCAACCUCAAAUUUAUUAUUACAUUUUGCUUUCCUAGUCGACGUUGUACCAAAUAUUUUUAAAGGCCAGGACACAAGUUGGGGAAGUAUGGAAUACGUUUGUGAUAAAUAUUUUGUUAAUUAAAUUUGCAAUUUUUUUAUUGGAACACGUUGACUCAUCAUACAAACCUUGACUAGUUUAAGUAUUUUGCAUGAUGUCACUUAUAUGGCUUCAUUGUGCUUUGAGAGAAACCUUAGAUGUUGGACAAGGUGGUUUUAGAUGUUAUAACGUAUUUAUCUUCUUAUCCCAUCUUGUAUUUUAUUUAUUAUUUUGUUAUAUUUAUUUUACACUAUCAAGUGGUGCACAAAAGGAAAAUUUUAGGAUCACUAUUUUCAUAUAAACGGGAAUUUAGCUUGUUUGCAAGGAGACAAUACUUGAUCUCUCAAUACCGAACAUAAAUGUAUGCAUACUCAUUAAUUUUAAUAAUGUGCAACGUUUUAUAGAUUAUUUGUUCUUAAAUGGCCAUUUUAUUUUCCAUUAUCUACAUUAUAGGUCUCUUUCCGUACUGUAUUAAAUAUUAAAUAGGUAGUUUGAUAACAAAAUCCAAAUCCAUAGUAUUUUGUUUUUAUUAUCUUCACUAGUGUGUUACGUUGUGAUAUUUAUGUAUUGGCUGUUUUUGUACAUGAUAGAGAUUCUACUUUCUGCAUUUUAGUCUUCUAUUGUAUGGCAUUUUAAAAUUUUAAUGGAAAGUAAUGACUAGUAAAAGCUUUAUAUGUUACGUGAUUUACACAUGCUUAUAUUUUUAUCUCAUUUGUCGAGAGGAAUUCAAUGUUACUGUGAAUAUAUUAGGCAAAAUUUAUGUUUAUUUUCUUGUUGGCAAAAUGUUAUUUGUAUAUAAUAUAUUUUUCUGCAAAAAUA